AUGGGCAGCCAGAGCGUGCCCUCGAACUGUGCCGGCUGCCAUCGCCUGUCCAGCUCGCCCAAGGUGGAGGCCAUUGGCGACAAGGCGUUAAAUUGCAAGACUCAGCUGCAGCAGUCGCUGCACAACAAUUGGAGACACAAGAUGAAACACUUUGUGGCCAGGCUGUGGCUGCUGCUGGCAGUGAGCCACUUCAGCAUCACCGAGUGGGUGGAGAUUGCACACUCUCAGACACGACCUCUUGCCAGCUCCAAUAGCAAUAGCAAGCAGGAGGCAGUUGAGCGAAAUGCCAAUGGCGAAGGCUUCAGCACGCCCAGCGCCGUCUGGCUCGAAUAUCAGCGGGAACGUUUUGGCUUGCGCAACGGUCAGAGCAAUCCUCUGCUGGUAGUGAAAAACAGUUCCAGUAGUCCGCCAGUGGAGGUAGAUGUGGUCGUUACCCCCAAAGUGGAAACGACAUCGCGUCGGCACUCGUCGCAUGUGGAGAGCGCCGAGGACGUCGAUGAGAUUGAGGAGACUGCCACCGAGCAGUCGGACAGCGAGGAUGAUGGGGAGCUACUUCUGCCCAGUAUGCAGGGUUUUCUGAAAUUCCUCAAAAAGAUGCAAAUCGGCUGGAUUAAGAAGUCUGCGCUCAACAUAGAAAAUAAAAUUAAAUUACUGAAGCAGCUGCGAGAUAAUUUCAUGAAAGUUAUUGAGCAACAGUUCUCGGUGCUGUGGCAACCAACGGAGCGGCACAGGCGCAGACGACGCGGCCUGUUGGAUGAAUCCAAUUUAGAAUUUCCACCGGAAGCAGCGCUAAUGAGUAUUAAUUUUUUAACGUUUGCAGUAUUUUUAAUCAAAUUAGUGCUGCAAGUGGUAAAAAUAGUUAAAAGCAAGCACUACAACUUCGCGGGUUUUAACAUAAAUGCAAAUGUUCGGAGUCCAUAA